GUUGCCGAGGAACGCUCCGUCCCCCGCGCCCGCCUCCUCCCGGCAGCCCAGACGAGAGAGCCCGGCGCAGGGAGGCAGCCAAGGACGGACCGGCACCGAGGGGAGACCGAGAGGCGCCGCCGCCGCCAUCGCUAUGGUGCUCAUCAAGGAAUACCGCGUCCUUUUGCCUGUCUCUGUGGAGGAGUACCAAGUGGGGCAGCUGUACUCGGUGGCCGAAGCCAGCAAGAACGAGACGGGCGGAGGCGAAGGGGUGGAGGUCCUCGUCAACGAGCCCUACGAACGGGACGGAGAGCGGGGGCAGUACACCCACAAGAUCUACCACUUGCAGAGCAAGGUCCCCCCCUUCGUGAAAAUGCUGGCCCCAGAGGGAGCCCUCAAUAUCCACGAGAAAGCAUGGAACGCCUAUCCUUACUGCCGGACCGUUAUUACGAAUGAGUACAUGAAAGACGACUUCUUGAUAAAGAUUGAAACCUGGCACAAGGCGGACCUUGGCAUGCAGGAGAACGUCCACAAGCUGGACCCGAAUGAAUGGAAGAAUGUGGAAGCCGUCUAUAUCGACAUUGCCGACCGGAGCCAGGUUCUGACGAAGGAUUACAAGCUAGAGGAAGACCCAGCGAAAUUCAAAUCCAGCAAGACAGGCCGUGGCCCUCUGGGCCCCAACUGGAAGAAGGAGCUAGGCAAGCAAGCGGACUGUCCGUACAUGUGCGCUUACAAGCUCGUCACAGUCAAAUUCAAGUGGUGGGGCCUGCAGAACAAAGUGGAGAACUUUAUACAGAAGCAAGAGAGGCGGCUUUUUACGAAUUUCCACCGGCAGCUCUUCUGCUGGCUCGAUAGGUGGGUGGACCUGACAAUGGAGGACAUCCGCAGGAUGGAGGAUGAGACCAAGAGGCAGCUGGAUGAGAUGAGAGAAAAAGAUCCCUUGAAAGGAACAUCAGCUGCGGACGACUAGCGUGGAUUCCUUGUUGUGCACGUUCACAAACCAGCCAGCAGGAAGGCCCAGGAACUCCACCCUCUUGACCAACGGACCAUCUCUGGAUCGAGCCCUCCUCUCGCCAGCCAGCCGGCGACUUGCACUCUCCCGUAGCUAACUCUAGUUGCCCCUUUUAAUCUCGUGAGCAAAUCCAGUCCUCCAGUCCUGAGCACUCCGGCCUUGGCACAUGUGAACGAGGUGGCUCCCUCGAGACGGCCGCGUCUCCGAGCCGCCCGCAGGGAGAGUGUUCAGGCCGCCUCCCACGUGGCCCUCUUUGAUUUUCAAGUGGCGGUUUGGCUACCUAGUCUUGUGAUGUGGUGAUUUAGAUUCCUCUCUGUGUAUAUAUCUCUUUCUUCCCGCCCCCCUCUCUUUUUCAAUACUGGGAUAAACUGCUGCCUUGGUUUCUCGCCAGCUCUUCAUCUUCCUUUGUCCAUUCGCGGAGAGGGGAACUCAGUAUUAGUCCGGUGAAUGCUGUUUGUGGCGUCCCGAAUGACUCUCCGGGCUUCUGUCACCCGGGAGCAGGUGUUGCUGUUAUUACACCGCUCUUAAGAGCACGUGGGGAGGCCUCUGUUGCUCGCCCCACUUCUUGCUGCUUGAUCCCCCACCACCACCCUUUUAAGGUAGUUUUGGGGCCCUGGGCGCUCUGAAUCACUGUUGCUGCUUUGGGAUUGUGUGUGUGUUGAGGUGAGUGUAUUGAUCCCCAUUCAACCUCACACUCCAGGGAGGCUGUCUUGUCCUUUUCCUACGGCCGAUCAGCUGGACGGUCUUUUGAUCCGACUGCCUGGAAGUUGUGCAAGCAGAAUUCAGUUCCCCUCUCCGCCGUGCUCAGGUGCUUGCGUGAGGCGUUGUGCUGCUUCAAAGCAAUAAGGGGCUUUUGUGGAGAGGUUUGUCUGCCUUUUGGGGUUCAUUUAGAGGCUGUCAAAAGGUCAUGCGUCGGGCCCUGGAGUUUCGGCGGUGGAAGGAAUUAGCCCGACCGUUGAAGCAGUUCUAAAGCCCCGGCUUCCCCUGCUCGAGGUGGCUGCUUCAGACAAUCAGAAGGACAAGUUGGAAGUGAACCAGGAUUUCUGGCUUGAUUCAGGAGGUAUCCACAGAAAUUCAACUGGGGCCCUGCUGGCUGUGGCCCUUUGCUGUGCAGCAUCGGCUACCAGGCCUCCCACCUUCCCCUCCGAAGCAUGCCGCAUCUCCAAGGCCCUUGCCUCUGCCAAUUCCUUGGCUUCCACUGCAAAUUUGGAGGGGCGGAAUGCGGAAGACGCACCCUGAGCGCUGGACACAGGCUGGCAGCUUUGCUUGGGAGGGGGAAGGUGCCUCUGAGGCUGUUGAUCCCUGUUUUCCUUUUCUUUGCCCAUUCUUUGCCUUAUUGACGUCCAAGUGCAAUAAACCUUAACCUGUACCGCUAGAUAGGCUCUGGCACUGACCUUGGAGACCUGUGUGGGAAAUGGAGGUUUAGCAGAUUUGCCGAGCGGGAACCAAGUUGCAGUAGGACCCAGCAUGGAUUCCUACUUGGCCUUGGAGAGUGUGAAAAUCCCCCUUGGGAACCAGGGACGGGUCCUCCUCUGUUCCUCCCCUUCAGGGCAAAGAGGCCCCUGGCUAAUCUCCCUCUAGUCCAAAAUGCCGCAAAUUGGGAAUUAAAACACUGAGCAUCUUAUUGUGACGGAAUGUAAGAGGAUUCCGGUGCUGGAGAACACAUUUCUGUGUUCUUGGCUGUUCUCAUAUCACUCCUCAGACUUGAAGCUUUGUGUCUCUGAGAGGCUUUUCUGGUCGCCCCCACCACGGCUCUAUGGAAACAGAUGGUGACAUUUGAGAGAAGGGGGGGGGGGAGAAGCGGAUGGAAAAGAUUGUGGUAGGGAAGUGAGAGCUCUUACGGAAACGCCAAGCUUUCCUGCUUAGCGGUAAGAAGAAUGCGGAGAACGUCUAGUCGUCUGUGUGUCUUUUGUUCUGCACUUUGUGUUUGAGUUUAGCCAAUGUCGUUCCCCCCCCCCGCCCCCCGUUUGAGCUGCGGUUAAGGCAUCCUAUACGGGAACCCUUCUCUCCACCCGCUGCAGCCCCGGUUGACCUCUUUGGGCGAGCUGGGGCGGAGAGCUUGGUGACGUGAAUGGCUUCAUCAUCCAGAAUCCCCAAACCUGCUGGCUUCUGGGGGAGGGGAGCAGGCGGGGGGGGGUUUCUCCUCUCCGGGUUUCUGGCUCUGCAGCUCCAGUGGGUGGAGAGAAGGGGCCCCUCGACUACCAGCAUGCGAUUGCCUUCCUGGGCGCCUUUAUUUGCCGGGAUUCCCUGACGUUUUGAUUGGUUCCUCGUGCUAUUCCUUUUGAUGGCAUCCACUUUGUAGACUUGAUUAGCUGAUCUCAUUGUUUUCUUUUAUGUGAGUUUGUGCCUUUUUGUCUCCUAAUCUUCCAAUACAGGCAUAUUGGAAACAAAUCUAAUAAAAUCAUAGAGGAAGCA